GAGACAGUACGCUUGAGAGAUACCGAAGCAGCCUAAAAAGCACUAUUGAGUGCCUCACUCAGCCGGCGACUGGGCCCGGUCGACGCAACAUCUCUCUCGGGCGGUGUCGAAAAGCAGCUCAACGGGCAGGUACCGACUGGUACCAGGAACUUGAGAUGGCCCAACGAGGCCUUCCACGGACAGCGCCCUUCUAUGAGGUGCCUCCACUGCGAGUGGUGAGCGUCGAACAUCCGGGGGUGGUCCGGAACGUCGACAAUGCCAUCCGGACUUUGCAGGGGAGCGAUGGGAUUGGCAAGAUUUUGAAUCCGCCCAAAGCAGAUACUCCUGCCAACCUGGUGCUCCGUCCGGAGGAUGCGAUGGCCCGGCCGCUGCAGUCGACCAGUUCCCAGUCCAACAAUAUAUUGUUGAAGGUGACGGUACCUCGACGCACCGGAAGGAAGCGUAAGCGAGGCUCAGACGAGCCAUUCAUCGAUGGAGAUGUCGACACUGCGGCGGACGAUGGCUCCCUGCCACGACGGAGUGCACGACAGCUGUUGCAGAGUCUCCGUGACAACGAAUAUCGCUACCAGGUCGAGCCGGUGGGCAAGGUCGAACGGACUCAUGUGUUCCGAGGCAUGCCCGACUUUGUCUUCUCGACAGCGUCAAGCACGUUCGCCAACCGGUUUCGAGAACAGAUUCUCUCCUACGACUAUCAAAAAAUGAAGCAGUUCGAUAUCAACAUGACCAAGGGCGAGACCAUGAACGUGGAGAUUUUUCCUCCUCCGUCGUUCAGCCAUGGCGAUGUUCCAUUUAGCUAUAUGUACCGCCAAAACCCCACGGUGAAACUAUCCGUGGACGACGCAGGCAAAGUCACAACCUUCAACACCCAGCAAGCCACCAAGGUGCUGACGCACCUGGUCCCGUAUGAUAUCGAGAGCGUCCCGUCAGCUCCGCGCGACAGCUGCCCGCCCCUCGACACCCUCGACCCAGCGUUGCAGGAGACCAUCGCCUCUGUGCGGGCUCUCUUCGCCGAGCGAGUCGCCUGGACCCGCCGUGGGCUGCGCAACUCCCUCACCACCCUAGAACAACGGUACCAACUCCGCCACGCAAUCCCCUACGUCGCGUACAUCUUCCGCUCGGGACCCUGGCGCGAUGCAAUCAUCAAGUUCGGGCACGACCCGCGCACCGCCCCCUGCUACCGCUUCUACCAGACCGUCAUGUUCCGCAUCCUCCCUCGGGACCCGGAACUCGCCCGCGACUCCGCCGGCGGCCGACGACACACCCUACCGCGCCCGUCGGCCGAAUCCAACAUCCUCGCCGGUAGUUCUGGCGGCGGCGGUGGUGGAUCGGCAGUCGAUCCAACGAUGCCCGGCGGCGGCACAGCGCAAGGCACCAGCCACCUAUUCACGGGCCAGCGGCCGUUCCCACGCGACGGCAAGAUGUGGAUGCUCUGCGACAUUACCGACCCGCUCCUCGCGCAGUCCUUGUUCCCCGAGGGCCGACCGCAGCAAGCCACGCUCGCAGCCGCUCUGGCUUCCACGCCCCCCGACGACUUCCUCCGACCAACCUGUGAUAUUGUGAGUGACGGGUGGUUCGGUGACGGCACGCUCGGCAAGCUGAAGACCAUCAUGCGCGACAAGAUCCUCACGCUCAUCCGCGAUGCCACCCCAUCGGACUCGGACUAUGCGCGUAUCCUGGCGUUUCCGGACCACACGGGCGGCGACGAAAACCUGGGCGAGUUCAUGCUCGACGGCGGGGUCGCCUCGGUGCGGGAUCUCCAGCUUGCCACUGAGGUGCGGGCGACGAUCCGCGGGGCGCCCAAUUGGCGCACCGAUGCUGUGAAGCGGAAUACGGGUCAGACUGGACCUCCUCCUGGCAAACGCGUGCAGUGGGGGGAUGUGAGUGAGGGGGAGGAAGAGGCCGUCGAGAGAGAGGAGGCGGCAGAUGCAGUUGUAGAGAGGAAUGAGAUGGAUACUGAGCAUGAUGAUUGAGAUUUGUUCCUACUAUCAAAGGAAAAAAAGCCCGACUUUUUAUAAAUCCAUUUACUACAACUAACUAUCUAAGCAUUGCAUCGCUAGAGUUACAUCUGACCUCGUCGACUCG